AUGGUGCCGAAGCUGCGAGCUGUGCUGGGACUUCAGUUUGCCGGCGCCUUGCAGAGUGCCUACCGCAACCUUUCGGAGGACCUGGCGCAAUGCAACACGAGCGGAGGCUUGGCCUGCGAUCUUGGGUGCGUGGAGCAUGAGAAGGUGCUGGAGGAAAGCUUCGAGCCCUGGUGGGACCAUCAGAUGCCGUGGCGCACCCUGCUGCACAUCUGUGAGCUGCAGCGCCAGCGGGGCAGCGCCCAGGCCUUCCUGGGCGCGAUCCACGAAAAGCGGGUUUUCUUCACCUGCUGCUCCCAGAGCAGCGAUCAGUGUGAGGCAUCUGCGCUGCUGCAAGGGUUGACGGAUGUGGAGGUACUACUGGGAUUGGUGGCCGAGUUGGCGCAGGUGGUGCUGCAGGACACAGUCUUCCUCUUCAACACCGGGGAUCAGCCGCUCACAGACCGGGCCUACUGGAGCCCAGUGCCGCAGUUCCACUGGGUGCGCAGCGGUGGGCACUGGACCGUACCCUUGCCCAAUCCCUUUCAGCUGAAGGCCCAUGCCAAGAAUCUGCUGGGAGACUCCGAGGGCAAUCAGGGCAACCUGGUGCCGUGGGGGGAGAAGAUCCCCAAGCUGUUCUGGCGUGGGGCACUUUCUGCGCCGGAUUUGUUCGCGCUGGAGGAUAUCGGCACUUUGCCCAGGGUGAGACUCAUGAAGCUGGCGAAGGAGAACCAGGAUCUCUUUGAUGUGGGCAUUACCAAUGUAGAUCGAGAGAUGUACCGCAUCGCUGGAAGGUCCCGGGUCCAGGCGCUGGUGCAGCAGCUUGGGGGCACGGUGAAGCACGAGAAGUCCCAGCAGCAGAUGCCCAGGUAUCGGUAUCUCAUUAACGUGGCUGCGGUGCUGUCCUCAUGGCGCCUGGUGGAGAUGCUGGCCACCGGGUCGCUGCUGCUGCUGCAGGAGGGCGCAGACCACGAACUGAUCUUGGAGUGGCUCACCCCCUGGGAGCACUUCGUGCCGGUCUCGCAGGGCCUGUCUGACCUGGUGCCGACUCUGCGGUGGCUGGAGGCCCACCCGGACCUGGCGGAGCGCAUCGCGGCGCAGGGCUUCCGGCGCUUCAAAGAGCGGGUCAGGCGCCAGGACACCUGGUGCUACCUGUGGCAGGCCUUCCGCGCCAUGGCGGACAGCCACACGCCCCCGGAGCCCGCGGCGCUGGCGGCGCUGACCGCGGAGCCGGGCUGGCGGGAGGUGCCGGCGGAGAAGCUGCGGAAGCUGAAGCGGCACAGGCGGCGGAUCUUGCACAAGAACGGCCUGCGCGUGGCCACGGUGAGGGAAAGCGACUGGAAGGCAUUGGAAGACCAGAAGGAGAAGCGGCGGCACCUGCGAUCGAUGCUGUCAGCUUUGGGUGACGUGCUGGAGCGCUUGGUCUUCUCCUCCUCGGCCACUGUAUACAGGCCGUGCGAGGAGCCCAUCGACGAGCAGCGGCCCUUGGGCUGCACUAACCCAUAUGGGUGGACCAAGUUCAUGAUUGAGCAGAUCUUGCGGGACUUUGUGGUGGCGAACCCCUCCUUCUCGAUGUCCAUCCUUCGGUAUUUCAACCCGGUGGGCGCUCAUCCCAGUGGCAGGAUCGGCGAGAACCCUCACGGCCCGCCCAACAACCUCAUGCCCUUUGUUCAGCAGGUCGCUGUGGGCCGUAGAGAAGCCCUCAGCGUGUUCGGGAGUGACUACUCCACGCACGAUGGUACAGGUGUUCGUGAUUACAUCCACGUGGAUGAUCUGGCCGAGGGCCACAUUUGCGCGCUUCAGAAGCUUUUCACCAUGGACGGCGGCUGCAUCACUCACAACCUGGGCUCUGGCACAGGGUAUUCUGUGCUGGACAUGGUCAAGGCCUUUGAGGAGGCAUGCGGCAAGAAGAUCCCAUACAAGAUGGUGGACCGCCGGCCUGGGGAUCUGGGCACUGUGGUGGCCAAUCCUGGCAAGGCAAAAGCAGACUUCGACUGGCAGACCAAGAGGGGGUUGCAGGAGAUGUGCAACAGCGCCUGGAAGUGGCAGAGCAACAACCCCUACGGCUACGAAGAGGGCGGCAAGGACUGA